AUGUUGAUCUUAAAAGCAUCCCGAGACUCCCAAAAUGCCUUGCCUCCAUCCAGUCCUGACCCAGAAACGGAGACAUCAGAGCCCGAGAAAAUCCCUACAAUUUCUCAGACAACAACUCCAGUAGAUACACCAACUAUCCCAGAUGAGCCAACCCCAGUGGAAGCUACUGACAACAUCUAUCAGCCAAUCUCUACUACCAUCCCAGAGACUGACUCCACCACUUCUACUUCUAAAUCUAGCAAAAAGAAGAAGAAGAAGAGAAAGAAGUGCAGCGUCAACACGGCGACACAAAAAUGCACGGAACCAGAAUCAGAUAGCGAACCCCCCCGCCCGGAGAAAAAGACCGCCUCCACACUCGCAGUGGAAGAUUCACCACCAGAUCCAAUUAGUACUGCAGCCCCGGAUAUCGCCGAGACUCCAGUAGAAAACAGCGAACCGAUGGAAAUUCUACAACCCACCCGCAGAAAAUUGAAAGCCCUCAUCCAAGGUCUUAGCACAGACAUCGAAAUCCCUGAUCUCGAAAAAGAACUUACAGAUUUAGAGCUGCGGCCAAUCAGAAUCGAACAGUUGAGGAAGAGGCGUGGCCAGGAACUCAAGCUCAUCUCCCUCUACCUUGCCAUAUUGUGGAAACCACAGCGAAAUCGAGAGACUCCUAGAUUCCCCUGUUAA